AUGAUGGGAUACUGGUAUUUGAAUUUAAUGACUAAAGAAAUGCAAUUUGGUGAAGUUUGUCAAAGUUCAAACAGUUUAGUAACGGAUUUUUUAAAUUUAAAUGAUGAUGAUCCACUAAUAAUAAAUACUCAAUUUAAAAUUAAAGAAUCUUUGGAGAUAUUGGAUCAAACAAUAAAGAAUAAUAAAUUUAAUGAAAUUUCAAUAAGUUAUAAUGGUGGGAAAGAUUGUCUUGUUAUGUUAAUAUUAUAUUUAUCUUCAUUAUCCAAACAUUAUUCCAAGGAAGAAUUAAAUAAUUUUGGAGAAUUACAAUCAAUUUAUAUAAAUUAUGAAUUACAAUUUCCUGAAUUAAUUAAAUUUAUUGAAUCAUCCACCAUAAGAUAUAAAUUAAACUUAACUUCCAUAACAAUGAAUUUAAAAGAUGGUUUUGAAAAAUAUUUAUCUCAUAAUCCACAAAUAAAAUCAAUAAUUGUCGGGACAAGAAGAUCAGAUCCAUUUGCCUCAGAUUUAAAACAUAUACAAAAAACAGAUCAUGGUUGGCCUGAAUUUAUAAGAAUUCAUCCAGUUAUAAAUUGGCAUUAUGAUGAAAUUUGGUGUUUUUUGAAAACUAAUAAAAUUGAAUAUUGUAAAUUAUAUGAUCAAGGUUUUACUUCAUUAGGUGGUAUAAAUUCCACAAUACCAAAUCCAAAUUUAAAAUUAUCAAAUGGGGGAUAUUUACCUGCUUAUAAAUUAUUAGGAAAUGAUUCACAAGAAAGAGAUGGAAGAAAUAUUAAAUCAAUUGAAAAAGAAGUUAGAGAUGAAUGA